AUGGUUGAAAUUGAAUUACGUACAACUGCUCCCUUAUCUUUGGUUACUAGCAUUUCUAGCGAGGAAGAUACAGGCACCGGUGUAGCAGCUAUUUCACCUGUUUCAUCUGAAUAUUUUGACUCUGGUAUCCCUCGAAGAAUGUUUUCUCGUGUUGAGGAUGACUAUUAUUUACUCUUGGAUCAGUCUCCUCGAAAACAAGUUCCGAUUGGGUCAAAUCAUCAAGCCAAUGUUCCAUCAUGGGGUAGGCAUAUAAAGAAUAAUAAGUUUGCUGUUGCUUCAGAAACUGCAGAUAAUUACAAUGAGGAUAUUAAGAUGGGAACAUGUAUCAUUCCAAUGCCUGACUCGCAUUUGUCUUCAAACAUCUGUGGUAAUGUUGGUGCUGGCCGAGCUGACCUGGAUAGGGGAUCUUCAAGAUGUGUGCAACAGCAUGUUAUGGAGGCAUGGAAACUAUUACGAGAAUCCCUUGGGCAUGAAAAAUUUGUGAAACUGGGGUUUUAUAACAUUGGAGAGGAUGUAGCAUAUAAAUGGAGUGAAGAAGAUGAAGAGAUCUUUCGUGAGGUUGUUUACAAUAAUCCUGCAUCAUUGGGAAAGAAGUUUUGGAAACAGUUGUCAUUGAUUUUCCCAUCACGGUCCAAGAGAGAGCUGGUUAGCUAUUAUUUCAAUGUCUUUAUCCUUCAGAGGCGAGCUAUCCAGAACAGAUCGAGUAGCCUGGACAUUGACAGCGAUGAUGGUGAGUUUUAUGGAAAUCAACAGUCGUACGAAGUUCAAGCUAUAGAGGAAGAUGAAGACUCUGCUACUGAAUCUCUUGCUGAUCGGGAAGAUCUGGCAAACCAUCAAGACAACAAUGAUGUGGACGAUGAUUAUAGUGGCAAUUCUGGUGGUGCUAAUGGUGUUGGAUAUUAUAGCAAGGCCACAACAAGAGAGGAUUAUGGCAUCAAUCUUUCGUUAAAAGGACGUGUUUUGAAGCCAUUUGAUGAGAGCAGUUUCGGUCCUGUUCUUCAACAAACGGACAAGGGUUUCGGAAUAAUGGAGGAUAUCAGUGUACAGGAUGACUCAUGUAUGUCUUUCGAGUUUCACCCGGACAUUGUUGACUCUCAUAAUCUGAUUGACACAAAGGCAAACUCGCAUGUUAGUGAACGAUCAGUGACCGAGCUUUGCAAGUCUUUGCAGCCUGGUAAACUAGAUGAGUCUAGUGAGCUGGUGAGCGAUAUGUGUUUUUCGGAUGCAUGUGAUUCCAAAAUCUGGGACACUAGGUAUCCUACAUCUUCAACAAAAGGGUUCGAUCUCCAGCCGACAUGCAACAUAAUUGAAGAGAUUUUCGGACAAGAUACUUUGAGCAUGUUAACAAGUGCUGUUAAUGGAAUCUUUUCUUCUUCUGUAUAUGAUGUUGUGGAGGCAACGGACGAUGAGUUGGAGGUUCUGCCCCCCCGACACUUUUGUGAGCUUUACAGGCAAGACAAAGUUAAGGGAUUGUUUGAAUAUUACAACAGAACUCCCCACUCGUUGGGGAUCCUCGAAACAAAUCUCGACCGUUCGUUUCCAUCACCGGAUGAUUCUCACUUGAAUACACGUGUUGGCUAUCUUUUCUUCCAUUUUAAUCUCUUUUUUGGGGGGGCUUCCAUGCAUGGAACUCUCCUCCAACUACAACGAAAAACAAAUGGCAUCCAGAGAGAGGGAGAGUGA